UGGGGGCACAGCACUAGCUGAGUCGUGUGAUGUGCCAGUUGGAUUGGAAAAUUUCAACGUCAGGGCCGGAUAUUCGGGUUCAUCAAUCGGAAAAAUCUCUCGGACCAACCUGAAAACAGAAUUGAAUAGAAGUUUACUAUGUUAACAUGGCAGUUUACUUCGAUCACCAUAUUGAAGCACCUGAGAAUAUUGGUUCACCAUCAGAGAUUGCUUGGCAUCGUAUCCAUCCAUUAUUGGCAGUGGCCUCUGUAAGCACCAGUUGUAUUCCAGGGGGCAGUGUGGAUGUGUAUCUUGAGCAGGGAGAACACAUUCCUAGUUCACACAUAGAGCGUCCCUUCCAGCCAAUUGUCAUCAGUUGGCAUCCUUCCAAGAGGGUUGUAGCAACUGGAUGGGAAACUGGAGCAGUGAUAUUUUGGUCUGAACAGGGUGUGGAUGAACAACAGAUAGCAGCUGGCACACACCGAGCUCAGAUCACCAUCUUGGAGUGGAGCAGCAAUGGCACACGGCUGGUCUCUGCUGAUAAGGCUGGAGUUCUCAUGGUGUGGCGCGUGGAUCAGCAUGGACGCGUACAAGGAUCACCACUUGGUAAACAGGAUUAUGGCAAGCAGCUGACACAAUGUAUCUUCAAACCUCCUGCUCCAGGAGAGGACCUCAUACAGUUGGCGAAAGCUGCAGUAAGUGGGGAUGAAAAUGCUUUGGAUAUGUUCAACUGGAGAAAGGUUGGAAAGGGAGACGCACCAUUUAAAGUUGGACUUCAGCAAGGAAUCACAUGUUUUGUCAGUGCAAUAGAUGGAACUGUGUACUAUGUUGGUGAAAAAGGGAAGAGCUUACAGCUCCUCAGUACUGAUAGGCCAAUCAGGAAGCUCAUGUACAUGGAGGGGAAGGAAAUCCUGAUGGUUGUGACUGAAGCACUUAUCCUAUCUCAGCAUAGUAUUGCUCUUGAUGGAACAAGUCAAGAGCUUAUGAAGGUAAAGCUGAGUGGAAAGGCAGGCCAAAAAGCUGAUAUAAUCUGGGCAGAGAGUGGCCUUCUCAUUACAGCAACAGAUGAGAUAGUUAUUAGACUCUGGGAUUUAGAUAAAGAUGAGAAUUAUGCUUUGACACUAGAGGAACAUCUGGGGUUUAGCACUGGAGAAAUCAUAAAUUGCAUCUCUUACAGUGAAAGUAAAGGUAUCAUAGCGGCUGGCACCAGGAAAGGACAGGUUGCUUUGUGGCGAAAAACACUGGUCAACCGUUCGAAUGGUUGCAGAAUAGAAGGGAAAGAUCAAUGGAAAUUGCAAGCCCCAAUUGAUCUUGAAGGAAAUAUCACACAGAUCAAGUGGGGCUCCAGUAAGAACCUUCUGUCUGUGAAUAAUGCUGGGACGGUACUUAUCCUCAGUGAGCAGGUGAUGUCUGCUCAUUUCAACCAACAAGUAGCGGCCAUUCAAGUUGCUCCCAACCAACUGAGCCUCACCUUCUUCUCUUCUGAAAACCAACAGAUGCUUCGUACAGACAUGCACGUUAAAGGAGUUUAUGUCACCAAGGAGACAGUUGCAGUAUGGAAUGGAAAACAUGCUACUGUUUUUGAAUCAUUUGGACCAUCACUGAGAAAUGCAGGUUCAUUUCCAUGUGAUUCUUCUGUUUUGGCUGUUCUUGAAGAGAGCAUUUACACUGUGGAGCCAAACCGAGUGCAGGUGCGCACUCUACAGGGUACAGUCAAGCAACUGCUCGUGUUUAAUGAGACAGAGGGAAACCCCAGUCACCUUAACAUCUGUGGGAACUUUCUUGUGGUGGGGACAGACACAGCGCAUGUGAAAGUCUUUGAUCUUUCCCGCAGGGAAGCAAAGCCACACUGUAAUGCUAAAAACCUGGCAGAGCAUGUCCCCAAUCUUGGGAGUAUUACAUCUGUGAAAUGCAGCUCCAAUGGUAAUAACGUCAGCAUUCUCAUCAAUAGGGUGAAUGGCACCCCAGAUUCCAGGGUGUUCUUCUAUGAUGUGGAGAUGGACACUCUGAAUUAUUUUGACUUUGAAACUGGACGACCAAGCAGUGAAAUCUGUUCUGUCCCUCAUGUGGAAGAAAGUGACACGGAAAAGGGGCAUUCUCAGAUGAGUGAACUGCUGGGACGAUAUCCAAUCAGCCAUUUCUGGGACCAGAAUGAACCUAAACUGUUUGUUUGUGAAGCACUUCUGGCUGUUUCAACUUCAAAGCAGUCAAAACUGCAUGCAGCUACUGAGACCAAUUGCCCAGAGUACAAGGUGGAGGCAAUGGUGAUAUCAUUCUUCAUCACACAGGAACAUGGUCUUUUGCUGCAGGACAGUUUCCCCAAAGUGGUGUCCCAUGAAGCCCUGCUGGGGCUAGAAGUGCCAUAUUAUUACUUCUCCAAGAAGUCAGGGGAGACCAUGAAUGAAACUGAAUCAAAGCUAAGUUCUCCUACGAAUCCACAAAUGGUGGCCAAGAGGCCCCUGCGAGACUUUAUUGGGCUGGAGGACUGUGACAAGACGACACGUGAUGCCAUGCUAAAUUUCAGCUUUUAUUUGACAAUAGGAGACAUGGAUGAGGCUUUUAAAUCAAUUAAACUCAUCAAGAGUGAGGCGGUGUGGGAGAAUAUGGCAAGGAUGUGUGUGAAGACACGGCGAUUAGACGUGGCCAAGGUAUGUCUGGGGAACAUGGGCCAUGCCAGGGGAGCCAGAGCCCUACGAGAGGCUGAACAGGAGCCGGAAUUAGAUGCACGAGUGGCCAUGCUUGCAAUACAGUUGGGAAUGCUGGAAGAUGCAGAGAGGCUUUACAGAAACUGUAGGCGGUAUGACCUCCUUACCAAGUUUUACCAGGCCUCAGGUCAGUGGCAGAAGGCCAUUGAAAAUGCUGAGGGGUUUGAUCGAGUCCAUCUAAGAACAACAUACUACAAUUAUGCCAAACACUUGGAAGCUUUAGGGGAUCAUCACCUCGCACUCAGCCACUAUGAAAAAUCAGAUACUCACCGAUUUGAGGUACCACGGAUGCUACUGGAAGAUCUCCAAGGGCUUGAAAUAUAUGUCAACAAAACAAAGGACAAAAGCCUGUGGAAAUGGUGGGCUCAGUAUUUAGAAAGUCAGGCAGACAUGGACUCUGCUUUGAAAUAUUAUGAGAAGGCGCAAGACUAUCUCUCACUUGUCCGUGUUCAUUGUUAUCUUGGCAAUAUACAAAAGGCCUCUGAAAUUGCUAAUGAAACAGGAAAUCAUGCAGCCUCUUAUCACCUGGCUCGUCAGUAUGAGGCUCGGGAUAAUGUUAAACAGGCCAUCCACUUCUAUACCCGUGCACAGGCCUACAACAAUGCAAUACGCCUGUGCAAGGACAAUGGCCUUGAUGAUCAUCUGAUGAAUUUGUCUCUCUUGAGCUCCCCAGAGGAUAUGAUGGAGGCCGCACGUUACUAUGAGGAGAAGGGGCUCCAAAUGGAUCGUGCUGUGAUGCUGUACCAUAAGGCUGGCCACUUUUCCAAAGCUAUUGAAUUGGCCUUUGCUACCCAGCAGUUUAACGCAUUACAACACAUAGCCGAGGAGCUGGAUGAGAAUUCAGACCCUGCCCUGUUGUCUCGCUGUUCUGAUUUCUUCAUUGAGCACAAGCAGUUUGAAAAAGCAGUGGAACUGCUGGUUACUGCAAAGAAGUACUAUGAUGCCCUCCAUCUCUGCUUGGAGCAGAACCUGACCAUCACUGAGGAUAUGGCGGAGAAAAUGACUGUGUCUAAGGGUUCGAAGGAACUCUCUGAGGACUUCCGCCGUGAUCUGCUUGAACGUAUUGCUGACUGCUGCAUGCGGCAGGGAAACUAUCACCUCGCGACCAAAAAAUACACACAGGCUGGCAACAAGGCCAAGGCAAUGAGAGCACUUCUGAAAUCAGGAGACACAGAGAAGAUCAUUUUCUUUACAGGAGUCUCUCGUCAAAAGGAGAUUUACAUCAUGGCAGCAAACUACCUUCAGUCUUUGGACUGGCGUAAAGAUCCAGAAAUAAUGAAAAAUAUCAUCAGCUUCUAUACUAAGGGACGAGCGCUGGAUUUGCUUGCUGGCUUUUAUGAUGCCUGUGCACAGGUUGAGAUUGAUGAAUAUCAGAACUAUGAGAAAGCAUUGGGAGCUCUGACUGAGGCAUACAAGUGCUUGUCCAAAGCCAAGAUGAGGAAUCAAGGUGAACUGGAGGAACGGCUUGGACAGCUGCAGAACAAGUUGACAAUGGUGAAGAAAUUUGUGCAGAUCCGAAGGCUGUAUGAAGAGGAUCCAAAGGAGGCAUUAAAACAGUGCGAGAAUCUGCUGGGUGAGCCUGAGCUUGACCAGACUGUUCGAACCGGUGAUGUCUAUGCGCUGCUAGUGGAACAUCAUGCACAACAGGGGAGUUUUGAGGUGGCCUACAAGUACAUGGAAGAGAUGAUGAAGAAAUUACCUUCUGUCAAUGUGAACUACUACAUCAACCAGCAAAUUACUGAUGCUGUUUAUAAGGCAGUGGGUGUUCCAAUAAAGACCAACGUGAUGUUGGAGAGUGUUCGACACAAUAGUGCAGAGGAUGGAGAGGAAGUGGAAGAAGAUGUAGCUGAGGAUUCUUACAAUGGUGCCGAGGACUGACCUUGAAACUCAACAGAUCGAGCCUUAAAAACUUUGAAACGCAUUUUUAUAUGACUAUUUUACCAAGAGACAAUUUAUUCUGGCAGCCCAGGACUCCUAAUUUUGCCUCAGGAAGGACCUUCAGUUCAUAUUUAUCUGAAACCCAAAGACUAGACUCAGUCACUGUAAACUGACAGAAAACUACACUCCUACUAAAUCUUAUCAUUAUAUCCCAGUGAACACAUGUGUUUCAAAUACUUGUUCAUUCCUUUCUGGCUGAUAGUCCCUGACAACCUAAGAGACACCAACAACAUUUUUCUCAAAACUAAGUGCAAUCGCUUCAUCAUUGCAGCAUCAUAAAUAGAAUCUAAUUAGCUUGUUGUCUGCAAAGUGACUGUUAGAUAUGGAAAGAGUUUUAAGUGCCACUUGGCAUAGGGGAGUCUGAGUGCAGCAACACUAUUGCUCUGUACCACAACAACCUUGCUGCUGCUGUUCCUGAGUUGCUUUUGAGCAAGGGAACAAUCAAGAAAAAUAAUUGAUAGUGUUCCAUUUGACAGCCAAACCCCCCGACAAUAUUUAAUAAGAUUGCUAUCUACAAGUCACAUUUAGGCGAGAGGGAAACUCACUGGGGAUUUCUUGGAUUUUGUCAACUUGUAUACUGAAUGUUUGCAGUUAACCAGAAUGAUUCAAACAGACCAGAAAUUUACAGUUCAAUUGGUCUCUAGCUUUUUAACAGUCAGGUUUAUUAUCCCUAAUGUACAAUUUGUGCUAAAACAAUUUCAAGCAGAUCAUUUAUUGACACUUUUUUAUAUAUUUUUACUAGUAUUUAUUAAAUUACUCUUAAGAUUUGUAAUUCAGUUUUUAUCACAUCCUGUACUUUGUGACAGGAUUAAAAACAAUAAAAACUUGCCACUUGUGA